UCAGAUUUCACUUCAGCUCCGAUAAAACAGUCCGUCCGGCCCCCCCACCAAGCUCCCCCGGUAAGCGCCGCUCCCGACUUCCAGUCCGGGUCUUUUGCAUCGUCGCAAGGGGGCAGGAGGAGGUAGGAUCUGGAUUGGCCAGGGAAGCGUGGCUAGAAGACGGGAUUCCUCUCCGCCUGCUUCGCUUGCAGCAGAGCCGGAGACGCGGAGCUGUGAUCGUUGAGGGAGCCGCGGAAAAAGCACUUCCAGCAUUAUUUUUUAUACAGAAACCCAGAAUCAUGAGCAUGACGCCACCAAGCUACCAGCGCCGUACUCUCUCUCUACGAGUUGCCUAAUAUAUCAACCCGUUAAACGGAAUCUACUUUUUAAAAUAUUUUGCUGUUUGUUUCCUCCACUCAUCAAAGAGGAGGGCGGCGGCAUUUCGCUCUGCAUCGCACAGCUGGCGUUCACACGAGUCCCGGGACCCCUUGAACCCGAUCCCUUCCUCUUCUUUUUUUUGGUUUUGUCGUUUGCACCGUUUCCUCCCUUUGCACACCAUCACCGCUCUUUAACACUCCCGCAAAUACACCGGGAGAGAAGUAACUGCCUUUCCACGUCUCCCCGGCGUUACAGAAGCGGCUGACAUUAUUAUCCAUUAAGGAGUUGAUUUUGUCCUUUGCGCGAUGGGGGAAAGUGGAGUGGGACAGGCGGGAUACUUGGUGCCAACGUGCCCCAUGCCGGGCUUGGUGCUGCUCGUCCUGGCCAGCGUCGGAGCGGCGCAAGUGGACGAUGACUUCCUGGGGUUAGGAGGAUUACCGGAGUCCUUCCCGUCGGAUCCCCCAGAGCCCCUGCCCCACUUCCUGAUGGAGCCGGAGGAGGCCUACAUCGUGAAAAACAAACCAGUGAACCUAUACUGCAAGGCCACACCCGCCACGCAGAUCUACUUCAAGUGCAACAGCGAGUGGGUGCACCAGAAGGACCACACGGUGGAGGAGCGUGUGGACGAGACCUCAGGGUUGGUGGUGCGGGAAGCCAGCAUCGAGAUCUCCCGCCAGCAAGUAGAGGAGCUCUUCGGCCCGGAGGACUACUGGUGCCAGUGUGUGGCUUGGAGCUCGGCCGGGACCACGAAGAGCCGCAAGGCACACGUCCGCAUCGCCUAUCUCAGGAAGACCUUUGACCAGGAGCCACUGGGGAAGGAGGUGUCGCUGGAACAAGAAGUGCUCCUGCAGUGCCGCCCACCUGAGGGGAUCCCGGCCGCUGAGGUGGAGUGGCUGAAGAACGAGGAGGUCAUCGAUCCGGCGGACGACCGCAAUUUCUACAUCACGAUCGACCACAACCUCAUCAUCAAGCAGGCCCGCCUCUCAGACACAGCCAACUACACCUGCGUGGCUAAAAACAUCGUGGCCAGGCGGCGGAGCACCACUGCCACCGUCAUCGUCUACGUGAAUGGAGGCUGGUCCACCUGGACCGAGUGGUCGGCAUGUAACAGCCGCUGUGGUCGGGGAUACCAGAAGCGCACACGCACCUGCACCAACCCAGCACCACUUAACGGCGGGGCGUUCUGCGAGGGCCAGGGCGUGCAGAAGCUGCCCUGCACCUCCCUGUGCUCAGUGGACGGCAUGUGGACGGAGUGGAGCAAGUGGUCCACCUGCGGCACAGAGUGCACCCACUGGCGGCGGAGGGAGUGCAAUGCCCCCGCUCCCAAAAAUGGGGGCAAGGACUGCGAAGGCAUGGUGCUGCAGUCACAGAACUGCACCGAUGGACUCUGCAUGCAGACCGCGCCCAGCACCGACGACGUGGCGCUCUACGUGGGCAUCGUCAUCGCCGUCAUCAUGUGCCUGGUCAUCUCUGUCAUCGUGGCACUCUUCGUCUACCGCAAGACCCACCGCGAAUUUGACUCGGACAUUAUCGACACGUCGGCACUCAAUGGCGGCUUCCAGUCUGUCAACAUAAAGACGGCCCGCUCUGCUGACCUGAUGACCGUGCCCCCUGACCUAACCUCUGCAGCGGCAAUGUACCGCGGCCCCGUCUACGCCCUUCACGAUGUGUCCGACAAGAUCCCCAUGACCAACUCGCCCCUGCUGGACCCCCUGCCAAACCUGAAGAUCAAGGUGUACAACUCAUCUGGCCUGGUCACACCUCAGGAGGAGCUGGCUGACCUUGGCUCCAAGUUGUCCCCCAAGGUGACACACUCCCUGCUGGACAAUGAGACCUUGAACCUGCGCAACCAAAGCUUGGCUCGCACAUGUGACCCCUCCUGCACCGCCCUUGGGACCUUCAACUCCUUGGGGGGCCAUCUCAUAGUUCCCAACUCAGGGGUCAGCCUGCUGGUGCCAGCUGGGGCCAUUCCACAAGGUCGUGUCUAUGAGAUGUAUGUGACAGUCCACAGGAAAGACAUUAUGAGGCCCCCACUGGAGGAGGCGCAGACCAUCCUCGGCCCUGUGGUGAGCUGUGGCCCCCCAGGAGCCCUCCUGACACGGCCUGUCAUCAUCACCAUGCACCACUGCGCAGGGGCCCACUGCCAGGACUGGCAGAUUCAGUUGAAGAACCGCUCGCCACAGGGGCAGUGGGAGGAUGUGGUCGUGGUCGGCGAGGAGAACUUCACCACGCCCUACUACAUCCAGAUGGACGAGGAGGCGUGUCACAUCCUGACUGAGACUCUGGGGACUUACUGCCUUGUGGGCCAAUCUGUCAGCAAGGCUGCCACCAAGCAUCUGAAGCUGGCCAUCUUUGGCCCCAUCACCAGCACCGCCCUGGAGUACCACAUCCGGGUCUACUGCCUGGACGACACACAGGACACCCUCAAGGAGGUCCUUCAGAUGGAGACGCAGAUGGGAGGGAAGCUGCUUGAUGAACCAAAGACCCUAAACUUCAAGGACAGUACGCACAACCUGCGUCUAUCCAUCCACGACAUCCCGCACGCGCUGUGGAAGAGCAAGCUGCUGGCCAAGUAUCAGGAGCUGCCGUUCUCUGAGGUAUGGAGCGGCUCCCAUCGCACCCUGCACUGCACCUUCACCCUGGAGCGCUUCUCAGGCAGCACCACCGAACUGACCUGCAAGCUGUGCGUGCGGCAGGUGGAGGGGGAGGGCCAGAUAUUCCAGCUGAACAGCACCCUAUCAGAGGAUGCCCAGAACAUCGACACAUCACUGAUGGACCCUGCCAGCAACAUCACCACGCUGGUCGGCCCCAGUGCCUUCCGCAUUCCGCUGUCCAUCCGGCAGAAGCUGUGCGGCAGCCUGGAUGCCCCCCAGACCAGGGGCAACGACUGGAGGAUGCUGGCACACAAACUCAACCUGGACAGGUAUCUGAACUACUUCGCCACCACGUCCAGCCCGACCGGAGUGAUCCUGGACCUGUGGGAGGCCCAGCAUUUUCCCGACGGCAACCUGAACCGCCUGGCCGCCGUACUGGAGGAGAUGGGUCGCCACGACAACAUCAUGUUAGCGGCGAGCGAGCACUGACACCAGCGUGCCAGAAAGCCGGAAACAGACUCAGAGGACACUAAUGCCAUUUUACUCAUGGGUUUGGGGAAUCUUCUUUACUUUGUACUUAGAAAUAAAGAGAGACCGCAGUAAUUUAGAAAAAGGAGGAUCCCUCUUAUUAGCCUUGGCUGUACGUUCUUCAGUACAGUUUGAAUAUUAAUUUAUAAAGUUUCCUAGGGAACGCUAUAUCCUGCUGUCCAUAUGUACGUGGAUAAUCUCCGAGUCCUGGCAGGUGAUUUGGGUGGUGCGGGGACUGGGGGGUGGAGGCAGAGAUACCUGUGACCCCACCCCCACACACACACACACACACACAUACACACCCCCACUCCUGCCCCCGAAGGUGCAGACCCGUGAUGGAGAACCAAAUACAGCAUUUCCACCUUCCUGUGACAUAAAAUCUGUUGCGUCUCACGUUUCUGUCGCAGUAGACAUUGAAUAUCCAACACUUUGAUAAAUAUACGGAUGUGGACGGUCUGAAUGAAACACACGCUGUAUAUAACAUGAGGCAGGAGGUGGGCCUGCCUUCAAAGAGGCACAGCUAGUAUUCACACCAUCGCUGUCUUCAUACAAUCGGAUUUGAAAGAAAAAAAAUAUAUAAAUAUAUAUAUAUAUAUACGUUUAAUGCAAAUGAUUACGCUAGUGUGACUUUUUCUGUUUUAUGGAUUUAAUUUCGACUUUUUUGGUGCCAUGUGGAGAAUAUACAGAUCAGUUACAUCUACGGAAGCAAGUCAUUAUUUUAACCAGUGCAAAAAUAAUUACAAAAAUAUAUGUAUAUAUACAUCUACAUAGAGCAUUGUAAUAUCUGUAAAACUUUUAAUAACAUUUAUUAAUAACCAUUGCCAUUGGUAUUAUAGCGUCUUAUUUUAUAUCUUCUCAUUUAAGACAUAAUUCUCAGCUAAAAUAAAACUUAAUUAAAAAAUAAAUGCAAAUAUAUUGUGGUUUAGUUAGGUCCCUCCUUAGUGGAAGCACAGUGGUGCGUUUCAGCACCGGUGUGUUUGCGGGGCCGCCGUCGGGGGGCCAUUUGCGGGGGUCACUAGCACUCGGGGGAAAGUUUCAUGGUCCAACAUUAUUUUUCUCUUCUAAUGUAAUUGUCACGCUCCCCUCCCAUAAAGUUCUGCUUCCUCAGGAUGGAGUUGAGAACCACUGCCCUAAGGGACUAUGGCCCGCAGAUAUGCAAACAGAUUCCCCCCUCCCAAAAAGAACGAAAGAGUAACCUAAAAGAGACCAGAAACUGUCAGUAUGGAUUUCGACUGAGAGGUCAGUUUCUAUCAAGAAUAUAGAAGAAUAUCAGGAUCGCUUCAGCAACAAUUCACUUUAGAAAUGUAUACUUUUGUCUUUUUUAAAAGAAAACAUACUGUAAGUAUUUUGUAGGUUUUUUUCUUUGUUUUUUAAAGCGACACUUGCAGUCUGGGGAAAUGUUAUUUUGGGAAUAUGUGUAUUUUAGUUGGGGGGGGGGGGUCUUUAAUGAAUGCAGAAGUACUUCAGAAUGAGCCCUUUGGAGAUGGGGGGCUUUUUGGAAUCGCUGCUGGACGUAAUUUCAUGUUUGUUUCGUAGCAGUAACACCCAAAGUCCCAGUUUAUUAAAUAAUGACAAUUUUGUUCCCUAGUGGAUUCCUACCCCUUUUUUUCUGCAUGUACUCAUUAGCUAUUUUGCUUAGCUGGGGCUUAAACUCUUACAUGUUAAAUAAAUGCCUUUAAAUGUGUGUUUUACCAUUACAUUUGCAGUUUGUAAGCCUCUAACAAGAGGUGUUUGCAUUCGUUCAACUGGAGUAAGACGAGUUUGAGUUACCCUAACGUGCAAUGAUAAAAUGAGAAUACUUUUUUCUGGCAAAAACGAUGGUAAUAUCACUUUAAAUGUGCUGUAAUUCUGAUGAGUGCUAAUUGUAGUGGAGAAAUCACUAAAGUAGCAAAAUGUCACCAAGUAGUCAAAUUUGACAUAUGAUAUGAUAUGAUAUGAUAGGAUGAUUCCUUCUUGCUGUGUGCUCUUUCGUUGUGUUGUGAAUCACUGCCACUAGGGGGAGCGCUCUGUGCAUGCCAGUAUACCCAGCCCUGCAGGCACAGCCUCUGAAGUCAAAAUGCUGUUCCUUGGUUUGAUAUUCUCUACUGGAAACAAAACCAAGAAACAAACAAAAGGCAAAAAAAGGAGCAUAAGUUCACGCUGUAAAUUUCAGAGGUUCCACGCUGCCGUCUGAAUAGUCAAGUGUUACACGGGGGUCUGGAGAUUUCUGUGUUGAUUUCGUUUUAUAUUCCGUCCAGUAAGCUUUUUGUCCAGAGAAUCAGCAUUUUAUUUAGUUUUUUUUUGUUUUUGUUAUGAAAAGAAUGCAUGCAAACCUCAGCAAGAUGGAACAAAAUACUGCAAAAGGGAAAGAAAAAAAUAUUGAAAUAUCAUGUUUAGAUAAUGAAAUGUAUGUAAAUGCCUAAUUAUGUACAGAAGUCUGGCUUCAGACACAUUUCGACGUUCUGUUGCGGUAAAAUCUAACAGCGGUACGCAUAGAUAGUACUUUUUACUUUCUGGAUUUUCCUUUGUACUUUGUUUCGUUUGUAUGAAAUGCUGUCAUUUUCUAAAGCUGUGUCCACUAUGCAAACCUGGCCGAUCUUUAUACGUGUACUAAAGGACUCCUGAAGUGGAGGCUUUUUGCUUUUGGGGUUAGUUUUUUUUUUUUUUUUGACUUUUCUGAUGAUUGAUAUUAUUCGUAUUGUGAGGAUGUGGUCCACACACGUUUUCUCAGCACGCUUCAUGACUCUGGAACUGAACUUUCCAAAUGCUUGCGGCUAUUCCUGUCCAGUUUCUGUACAAAGUGUAAGAAAGAAUUUUUAAGCGAGUAAUAAAUUAUAUUUAUAAGCAAUUCUGAACACAGGGUGACUCCUGGCUUUAUUUGACUCCCUUUCCUGAGUCCGCAGUCAGACCAUUAAACACUCUCAUCGUACCGUGGCUUGUAUCGGGAAGCACCUGUCGUCUCUCGAUAAUGCUGCCUUCUGUUUGGAAAUCCAUCAGGUUGUCAUGUCUGUACCUGGUUCCUGCUCGUUUGUAUCUGUUGCCCGCUGGUUUCAAGAAAUUGAGUCAGUCUUUAUACUUUAUCCAGCCUUUAUACUUAGCUUAUCCAAUAAAUAUUGAAAAAGGCGAUUUCUUCGAAAUGCAUUGUCUUCUUGCUUUUAGUGCACUGCCUUUUUACUCUGCAGCAUGUUAUAAAGUUCAGCAUUGCUCUGAUGCUAGAUACAUAUCUGCCAAGCUACCAGAUGAAAGUGUCAUUUGAUGCAGUGUUUGUGUGUGUGUGGGGGGGAGAGAUCAUAUUCAGUGCAGUGAUGGGGACACUGGCCAGCAGGUUAGCCCGUCCUGUGGUCUCUGUGGAUCCCAGUGCAGUUACUGUAUGGGGACACUGGCCAGCAGGUUAGCCAGUACUGUGGUCUGUGUGGAUCCCAGUGCAGUGAUGGGGACACUGGCCAGCAGAUUAGCCCGUCCUGUGGUCUGUGUGGUUCCCAAUGCCCCAGUGCAGUGAUGGGGACACUGGCCAGCAGGUUAGCCCGUCCUGUGGUCUGUGUGGUUCCCAAUGCCCCAGUGCAGUGAUGGGGACAUUGGCCAGCAGGUUAGCCCAUCCUGUGGUCUGUGUGGAUCCCAAUGCCCCAGUGCAGUGAUGGGGAC